AUGAUGCAACCAUCAAUUGGGAUUGAUUGUUAUCAUUAUAUUUACAUAUCAUUCAUCUUAACAGUCCUACUUACGAUUAAUAUCCAUGCUCAAACAACACGUAUCAUACGUAUUAAAGAGAAUACUCCAAUUGGUACUGUCAUUAUACCAAAUCUAAUAAAUUUUUUAUAUGGACCAAGUUAUUCACCGACUGAACAUCAUAAAAAUGAUAAAAAUACAGAUUAUUUAUUAGCUAUUGGCAAUUCAGUAAUGCAAGGAGCUAAUUGGUUUGCUAUAGAUGAUAUUAAACAUAGUUUAUAUGUGAAACAAUCACCCGAUAGAGAUAUCCUAUGUCCAAAUGAUCCAAAAUUACCAGAUACUGCAGUCUCCAUUACAAAUGGUGGUAUUGAAUUUCCAGAAUAUAAUUUAAAUCAUCAUGGAUCAAAUUAUAAUAUACAAAUAAAUAAUCAUAAUAAUAUUGAUAAUAAUGAUUGUAUCAUUAAAUUAUCAAUCAUACAUGGUUCAUCCGCUAAUCCAUCAUUUGAUCUGAUCACAGUGAUCUUAGAAGAUAUAAAUGAUCAUGCACCAAGUUUUAAAGAAGUUCAAUCUAAUUUAGAUAGUAAAACAAAUGAAUUUAUAAUUAGUAUACCAGAAACCCCAACUAUAAUUGAUAAAAAAGAUGAUCUAUCAAAUAUGAAGCAUAGAAUUGAUCAUAAACCAAUAAGAAUUCUAUUACCAACAGCUAUAGAUCCAGAUCAAGGUGUAAAUAGUAUUAAAGGUUAUCGAUUAGAAGGUGAAGAUGCUUUUCAUUUUCGACUUGAAAUAGGUCCAUUAAUAAAUACUGAUUUAAAUUAUCGAAUUCAUAAAGAAUUUCAACAAGUUGGAUUAUUUCAAGAUCAUAAAUCGAAUCGUUUAUGGUUAGUACCAGUUAGAAAUAGUGGUGGAACAAUUGAAACUAUAAAUAAUGGUGAAUUAGAUAAAGAACAACGAAGUGAAUAUCAUUUUAUUUUAGUUGCAUAUGAUGGUGGUUCACCAUCAAAAAUGGGUAAACUUCCUAUUCGUUUAAUCAUUGAAGAUAUUAAUGAUCAUUCACCAGAAUUUAAUCAAGAAUUUUAUACUGGAAGAAUAUCAGAAAAUGAUCCUGGUGGUCAUAUUAUCUUUGAAUUCUCUGCUAGAGAUAAAGAUAAUACAAAAGAGAAUGGUAUAGUAAAAUUUCGUAUACCAGGUCAAAUGGAUCAAAAUGAAGCUAAUAUAAUUACAGGUCAAAGAGAUAGAAUUAGUCUUACAGAAAGUCAAUUAAUUGCUGCUGAAUUAUUUUCUAUAGAAUAUCCUUAUGAAAAGCCUAAUGAUGUAAUGAAUAUUCAAGAGAACCUUCAUAAUAGUACUGUUUAUGGUCGACUUAUUAUUAAACGUCAAUCUAAAGAAAAAAUUCAACAAGCUACUUCUAAAGCUAUUUCAAUAGCUCGACAAAAUCAAAUGACUAGCGGAUCAAAAUUAGGAUCAAAUUUUCAUUUACAUCAAUCAAUAAACAAUAAUGAUUUGUCUUCUAAUAAUGAUCAAUUACAUUUUUUUAUAGAAGCAUAUGAUAAUGGGUUAACACCUUUAGUUACUAAGGUACCUGUCAUUAUUCUGAUAACUGAUGUGAAUGAUCAUCCACCAGAGAUAUUUAUAUCAUAUCUUAAACCUACACGACCUCUUAAUCAAUUAAAUUUAUAUAAUACAGAUAGACAACAAAUAUGGGGUAAAAUAAUAGAAAAUUUAGAAAGAUCAAUGAUAGCACAAAUUACUGUAAUUGAUAAAGAUUCCACAUUGACACAAUCUGAUAUUUUAUGUAAAACAAAUGAUAGUCGAUUUUUACUUGAAGAAAUCAAUAAUCAUCAUUUAGAUCGAUUAGAUGAUCCAUCGACAUCAUUUUGGCCUAGAAACAAUUUUUAUAGUUCCAAUAAUAUUGAUUCAAAAACUCAUUUCAUCGAUUGGUAUAAUCAAAAUAAACCAUUAACUAAAAUGUAUAAAUUAAUGUCAAUCUCUUCAUUAGAUAGAGAGUUUAAUGAUAAGCAACCAUCAUUUAUAAAAUUUUCAAUUAUAUGUAUGGAUAAUCAACAUAAUGAGUUGCCAGGUGGUUCUUUAACAUCACAAGCAGAUAUAUUUGUUGAAAUAGAAGAUACAAAUGAUAAUUCACCUGUAUUUGAUCAUAAUGAAUAUACAUUUCAUUUACCAGAAAAUCAUCCAAGAAUAAAAUCCGAACAUAGUAUCAAUCCUUCUGAAAUUGAACGAUAUCCUAUCGGUAUGGUACAUGCAAGUGAUAAAGAUGGAGGAAUUCAUGGAAGUGUUACUUAUAAAUUGGUGUCUAAUCCAAGUGGUUCAAUACAGAUAGAUAAAUUUAAUGGAAUGCUUUAUGCUGUUCAACCAUUCGAUCGUGAAGCUAUAAAUGAAUUGAUAUUUCAGGUACAUGCAAUAGAUUGUACAUUUCUAAAUGGAACUAGUGAACGACAAUGUGAUGAAUCUUUAAGAUUAACAGGAACUGCUAAUGUUCGUAUAAUUAUUGAUGAUCUGAAUGAUUCUCCUCCUGUUUUUCAAGAAGCUAACUAUCAUUUCGAAGUUGAAGAGGGAUUAGAUCUUGUUAAAGUUGGACAAGUUUGGGCUGUUGAUGCUGAUCAAGAGGAAGCUGCACGUAUUUCUUAUCGUCUAGCAGUUGGAAUUAAUAAUCGAAAUAAAGAACCAGUAAAUGAUGGAAAUUUUGCAGAACAAGUUACAAAGUCUUCCAACAAUCAGAAUCUGUACGAUGAAGCACUUGAGAUUACCACACACUUCCAAAUUGACCCAAGAAGUGGGCUUAUUCAUCUUAAGGGAAGGCUAGAUCGUGAAAGACGAGCGCACUAUGAAUUUGUGGUUCUAGCGUUGGAUAACCCCAGAUCCAUACCAACUAAAAUAGCUGGAUAUCAAAGACAAACAACAAAUGAAGUCAUUCAGUUCACAGCAACGGCAACGGUUCUCAUAACUGUAUUAGACCACAAUGAUAAUGCACCUAGAAUACUCAGUCCAUUGAAUCAUGUAGAGUUUAUGCUAAGCCCAGACCAGCUAAUCGCUGGAAAUACGAUAUUUACAAUACGUGCGACUGAUCCAGAUUUAGGUGAAAAUGGUACGAUUGAAUAUAAAUUACUUCAGGUUGAAGAUGAUCUGGGUUCAUGGAAUUUUGCAGAAUCUGUUCCAAGGAAUAGUCAAUUAAAUCAUAGAAAUACUACAGAUACGAAUUCACAAAUGAACCAAGAAAGUAAAUCUUCAAAUGCUGACUAUCCGUUUGCUGUAGAUCGAACUGCAGGUAUUUGUUAUCUUCGUGAGAAUCUACCACCAUUAAAUGUUGAUGGUCCUAGGGCUUAUAUGCUACGUAUAUUAGCCUAUGAUUUAGGAAAACCUGAUAGUUUAAACACCACUCUGGUUAUUCGUGUAGCUCGUCAAGUAGGAUCUAAUGCAGAUAUCUCAAAUGGAAUAUUAUACUCAAAUCGAAUUAAUACUAAAGAAUACCGACAACCUGGAAGAAUAGAAACACAACAAUAUUUAUUCCCAUCAAAUGAACAUGAUUCUGAAUCAGAUGUUAAAGUUGGAACAUGGACAUCAGCAGGGCAGGCAAGAAUAUCUGAUAAAACAAUGGUUGUUAUUUUAUCAACUGUAUUUAUUUUACUAUUGCUUACAACAAUUGUUCUCCUACUACUUGUACGCUAUAGACGUUUAUUAAUACGAAAUAUUCCAUUAGAACAAAGUUUAGCAUGUGAUGGUCCUGAUUCAAAAGCAAAUGAAGGUUUCGCUGUGGGUAAACCGAUGAGUCCAACUCAAAAUAAUUUGAAUGGUUUCAACGGAUUUUUCACAGAAGUUGUUACAGCUCCUUGGGUUCGUGGUUCAACAUCUCCAGUUGUUUACCCAACUCCAUGUAACUAUCCCACUAUAUAUAAUACAGGUAUUAAUCGUUCAAGAGGUUGUAUAGCAAAUCCUAAUGCAUGUUGGUCACCUACAACCACUUUAUGUAAAUCCCCGAUUUCUAAUCAUGAAGAUCAACGAAAAUGUAUGCAAACACCAACUACAAUGUAUCAUUCAUCACCAUCACAUGGAUUUAGAAUAUUACCAACAUUUGGUGUUACUAGUAGUUGUGUUGGUGUUGGAAAUAAUCGAUUAUUUGAUUCACCAGUUUCAAGUGUUAAUCCAUCGUUCACUGGACUACCUGGUGGUUUUAUUCUUCAGAAUUAUAGUUUACAAGAUGAUGAUGAUGAUGAAGAUGAUGAAGGCAAUAGAAUAUUUCAAGAGAUGACACCAAAUAAUGAGAUCAAUAAUAAAACGAUGAAAACUAAUAAUGAAAGACAAACUUUACAGAAUCCAAAAUCAGAACAACUAUUUUCAAAAUCAUUAGCUAAUAAUCUUCAUUGUCAAAAUAAAGUACCUGAACCAGAUAUGACUAAAUCAUUCACAUCAUUGAAACGAACAGCUAUUAGUCUUGAAGAGCUCAAUGAUUAUAAAGAUGAAAUAAACUCUAAAAAUUAUAGUCGUUUAGUACGCUUCCAACUAGCCCAAGGUGAUAUGCGUGGAAAUGAUCCUACACACAAUAUACCAAUAUCAUCUAGAAAUGAAUAUCAAACUUUAACAUCAUUUCAUCGUGGUGAUGAUGAUAGACUAUUAACUAAAACUUCACCAUUAUUUUGUAAUUGGAUGAGAUCUGAUCAACAACAACAACAACAACAGAUUGAAUCAUUCUUAAAUCCAUAUGAUCAAUUAAAUUGUAAAACACAAUUGAAAUCAUCAAAAUCAAACAAUAAUAAUAGUGGGAAACAAAAUCAUACUACUACAACUAACAUUAAUAGUAAUAGUAGUAGUAGUGGUGGUGCUGGUGGUGGUGGUCAUAGCAACAAUAAUAGUAGUAAUAUUCAUACUAUAUUCCCAGAUAUUUUUCAAUUACAACCAUUGACACAUUCUCAACUAUCUGAUAAUCAUGAAAUAUCAUCAUGUGAAAAUUUAUGCCAAACUGAUGAGUUUUAUAUGUCUACAAUCAAAUCUAAUAAGAAGCUUAAUAAUAAUAAUAAUACUGAUAUGAUAUUCAAUAACAGUAAUAAUAAUAAUAAUAAUAAACUUAUGCCUACAUUAAAUAAAUGUAACAUAUUACAUAAUAAUAAUAAUAAUCAUUCAUUACCCAAUUACCCAACAACUAAUGAAUGUACCCAUAAUUUAUCCAAUUGUAAUCUCUAUACUAAUGAUAUGAACAAAUCAUCAAAUCAAAAAAUUGAAGAAGAGAAAAAAUCUAAAACUACACGUCAUUCAAAGAUGGUAACAUUGAUUUCACCAAAAAAAAAUUCAUCAUUAAUCAAUGAUCAUAAGAAUGAUACCCAUAAUAUAUAUGAUGAUAAAGGAAAUACUAGCAUAAAUAAACCUUUAAAUGCCGAAGGUAGUUUUGUUUAAAUUUACAAUGAUGUAAUUAGAAUGGGGAUUUUUUUUAU